GGUCCCACUGCUGCAGGAGUAACCCACAGAGGCCGCAGCAAUGGCUGGGGCCUCCGUGAAGGUGGCGGUGCGCGUCCGCCCCUUCAACUCCCGAGAAAUGAGCCGCGACUCCAAGUGCAUCAUUCAGAUGUCCGGAAGCACCACCACCAUCGUCAACCCCAAGCAGCCCAAGGAGACGCCCAAAAGCUUCAGCUUUGACUACUCCUACUGGUCCCACACCUCGCCCGAAGACAUCAACUACGCCUCCCAGAAGCAGGUGUACCGAGAUAUCGGCGAGGAGAUGCUGCAGCACGCCUUCGAGGGCUACAACGUCUGCAUCUUUGCCUACGGGCAGACGGGCGCCGGCAAGUCCUACACCAUGAUGGGCAAGCAGGAGAAGGACCAGCAGGGCAUCAUCCCACAGCUCUGUGAAGACCUUUUCUCCCGGAUCAACGACACCACCAAUGACAACAUGUCCUACUCCGUGGAGGUCAGCUACAUGGAGAUUUACUGUGAGCGUGUCCGUGACCUCCUGAAUCCCAAGAACAAGGGGAACCUCCGGGUGAGAGAGCACCCGCUCCUGGGGCCCUACGUGGAGGACCUUUCCAAGCUGGCCGUCACCUCCUACAAUGACAUCCAGGACCUCAUGGACUCGGGGAAUAAGGCCAGGACCGUGGCAGCCACGAACAUGAACGAGACCAGCAGCCGUUCUCACGCUGUCUUCAACAUCAUCUUCACCCAGAAGCGCCAUGAUGCAGAGACUAACAUCACCACCGAGAAGGUGAGCAAGAUCAGCCUGGUGGACCUGGCAGGCAGUGAGCGGGCUGACUCCACUGGGGCCAAGGGCACACGCCUCAAGGAGGGAGCCAACAUCAACAAGUCCCUGACCACGCUGGGGAAGGUCAUCUCUGCUCUGGCCGAGAUGGACUCUGGGCCCAACAAGAACAAGAAAAAGAAGAAGACAGACUUCAUCCCAUACCGGGAUUCCGUGCUGACUUGGCUUCUCCGGGAAAACCUGGGUGGUAACUCAAGGACAGCAAUGGUGGCAGCCCUGAGCCCCGCAGACAUCAACUAUGACGAGACCCUUAGCACACUCAGGUAUGCUGACCGGGCCAAGCAGAUCCGUUGCAAUGCCAUCAUCAACGAGGACCCCAACAACAAGCUAAUCCGCGAGCUGAAGGAUGAAGUGACCCGGCUGCGGGACCUGCUAUACGCCCAGGGCCUCGGUGACAUCACAGACACCAACACUGUGCCUGGAGGACCCAAAUUGACCAACGCACUGGUGGGCAUGAGCCCCUCGUCCUCGCUGUCAGCCCUGUCGAGCCGCGCCGCCUCCGUGUCCAGCCUGCACGAGCGCAUCCUGUUUGCUCCGGGCAGUGAGGAAGCCAUCGAACGGCUGAAGGAGACAGAGAAGAUUAUUGCGGAGCUGAAUGAGACGUGGGAGGAGAAGUUGCGGCGCACAGAGGCAAUCCGGAUGGAGAGGGAAGCCCUGCUGGCCGAGAUGGGUGUAGCCAUGAGGGAGGACGGGGGCACCUUGGGCGUGUUCUCUCCGAAAAAGACGCCACAUCUGGUCAACCUGAAUGAGGACCCGCUGAUGUCCGAGUGCCUCCUGUACUACAUCAAGGACGGGACCACCAGAGUGGGCCGGGAGGAUGCAGAGAGACGGCAGGACAUCGUCCUGAGUGGCCACUUUAUCAAGGAGGAACACUGCAUCUUCCGGAGUGACUCCAGGGGGGGCAGCGAAGCUGUGGUCACCCUGGAGCCCUGUGAGGGUGCAGACACCUACGUCAAUGGCAAGAAAGUCACAGAGCCCAGCGUCCUUCGGUCAGCGCCUGCCCUGCACCCCCACAGGCUCCAAGAGCUGGAGGACCAGUACCGCAGGGAGCGGGAGGAGGCCACCUACCUGCUGGAGCAGCAGAGGCUGGACUACGAGAGCAGGUUGGAGGCCCUGCAGAAGCAGAUGGACUCCAGGUACUACCCAGAAGUGAACGAGGAGGAGGAAGAGCCAGAAGAUGAAGUCCAGUGGACGGAGCGGGAGUGUGAGCUGGCUCUGUGGGCCUUCCGGAAGUGGAAAUGGUACCAGUUCACAUCCCUGAGGGACCUAUUGUGGGGUAAUGCCAUCUUCCUCAAAGAAGCCAAUGCCAUCAGUGUGGAGCUCAAGAAGAAGGUCCAGUUCCAGUUUGUCCUUCUCACGGACACACUGUACUCCCCACUACCCCCGGACCUGCUGCCCCCUGAGGCCGCCAAAGACAGGGAGACACGGCCCUUCCCCCGCACCAUCGUGGCUGUGGAAGUGCAGGACCAGAAGAACGGGGCCACCCACUACUGGACACUGGAGAAGCUCAGGCAGCGCUUGGACCUGAUGCGGGAGAUGUAUGACCGGGCAGCCGAGGUACCCUCCAGCAUCAUUGAGGACUGUGACAAUGUGGUCACCGGUGGGGACCCCUUCUAUGACCGCUUUCCCUGGUUCCGGCUGGUAGGCAGUCCAGUCAUCUCUGGCUGCAGCAGCUACCCUCUUCUCAACACAUGCAUGAGCGGGCGCAUGGCUGCUCUCACCCCCUCCCCCACCUUCUCGAGCCCCGACUCCGAUGUCACCGAGCCUGCCGAGGAGCAGAGCGUGGGGGAGGAGGAGGACCUGGAGGAAGAUGACGUCUUUCUGGAGCACGCGCAGUGCCACUGCCGGGACCCGUUUUACGACCGGCCCCCCCUGUUCAGUUUAGUAGGAAGGGCCUUCGUGUACCUCAGCAACCUGCUGUACCCCGUCCCCCUGGUGCACCGCGUGGCCAUCGUCAGCGAGAAGGGCCAAGUCAAGGGCUUCCUGCGAGUGGCCGUGCAGGCCAUCUCAGCUGAUGAAGAAGCUCCUGAUUAUGGCUCUGGUGUCCGUCAGUCAGGAACUGCCAAAAUCUCCUUUGAUGACCAGCAUUUUGAGAAGUUCCAGUCCGAGUCCUGCCCUGUAGUGGGGAUGUCCCGCUCCGGGACCUCCCAGGAAGAACUGCGCAUUGUGGAGGGCCAGGGCCAAGGUGCUGAUGCGGGGCCCUCUGCCGAUGAGGUCAACAACAACACUUGCUCAGCAGUGCCUCCUGAAGGCCUCCUCCUAGACAGUCCAGAAAAAGCUGUGCUGGACGGAGCCCUGGACACUGCCCUGGACCACCUCCGCCUGGGCAGUGCCUUCACCUUCCGCGUGACGGUCCUGCAGGCAUCCAGCAUCUCCGCUGAAUACGCUGACAUCUUUUGCCAGUUCAACUUUAUCCACCGCCAUGAUGAGGCCUUCUCCACAGAGCCUCUGAAGAACACGGGCCGGGGCCCACCGCUCGGCUUCUACCACGUCCAGAACAUUGCCGUGGAGGUGACCAAGUCCUUCAUCGAGUACAUCAAGAGCCAGCCCAUUGUCUUUGAGGUCUUCGGCCACUACCAGCAGCACCCGUUCCCUCCCCUCUGCAAGGACGUGCUCAGCCCCCUGAGGCCAUCACGCCGCCAUUUCCCGAGGGUCAUGCCUCUGUCCAAGCCAGUGCCUGCCACCAAGCUCAGCACACUGACACGCCCCAGCCGAGGGCCCUGCCACUGCAAGUACGACCUGCUGGUCUACUUCGAGAUCUGCGAGCUGGAGGCCAAUGGGGAUUACAUCCCGGCUGUGGUGGACCACCGAGGGGGGAUGCCUUGUAUGGGGACCUUCCUGCUCCACCAGGGUAUCCAGAGACGGAUAACAGUGACUCUGCUGCACGAGACAGGCAGCCACAUUCGCUGGAAGGAAGUGCGCGAGCUGGUCGUGGGUCGUAUCCGAAACACUCCAGAAACCGACGAGUCUCUGAUCGACCCGAACAUCUUGUCUCUCCAUGUUCUCUCGGCCGGGUAUAUUCACCCUGCCCAGGACGACCGCGUGUCACUUGGAAAUGACACUAGGUACACCCCACUUUUCUCUUCCGUCCUUGCUUGGUCUGUCCUCUGCUGCUUCUUAGACUCCUUCUCCUCGGCGUUGCCCCCGCCCCAGCCCAUGGAGAACUGCACUCAGCCGGCCGUCAUCACCAAGGACUUCUGCAUGGUCUUCUACUCGCGGGACGCCAAGCUGCCCGCCUCUCGCUCCAUCCGCAACCUGUUCGGCAGCGGGAGCCUUCGGGCCUCAGAGAGCAACCGUGUGACAGGCGUGUACGAGCUCAGCCUGAGCCACGUGGCGGACGCAGGCAGCCCAGGUAGGUGCCCCUCCCUCCAGCGGGGACGGGGCAUUUGGUGGGGUGCAGCUGUGGGNNNNGUUCGUGGUGAGGAGAACCUAGCGGGCUGGAGGCCACGGAGUGACAGCCUCAUCCUUGACCACCAGUGGGAGCUGGAGAAACUCAGCCUGCUACAGGAGGUGGAGAAGACCCGGCACUACCUGCUCCUGCGGGAGAAGCUGGAGACGGCGCAGCGGCCGGGCCCCGAGGCGCUGUCCCCGGUCUCCAGCGAGGACUCUGAGUCCCACAGCUCCUCUGGCGCCUCCUCCCCGCUCUCUGCCGAGGGCCGGCCAUCACCCCUGGACACCCCCAACGAGAGGCAGCGGGAGCUGGCCGUCAAGUGCUUGCGCCUCCUGACGCACACGUUCAACAGGGAGUACACCCACAGCCACGUCUGCAUCAGCGCCAGUGAGAGCAAGCUCUCUGAGAUGUCUGUCACCCUGCUUCGGGACCCCUCAAUGUCCCCUCUGGGGGCAGCGACGCUCACACCUUCCUCCACAUGCCCCUCCCUGGUCGAAGGGCGCUACAACACUGACCUGAGGACCCCACAGCCCUGCUCCCGGCCAGCUAGCCCGGAGCCUGAGCUGAUACCUGAGGUGGAUGCCAAGAAACCACCCACCCCCACCCAGACCCCGGAGGGUGACCAGGAGCCCCAGCGCCUGCUGGUGCCGGACAUCCAGGAGAUCAGGGUCAGCCCCAUCGUCUCCAAGAAGGGCUACCUGCACUUCCUGGAGCCGCACACAGCCGGCUGGGCCAAGCGCUACGUGGUGGUGCGCCGCCCCUACGCCUACAUGUACAACAGCGACAAGGACAGCGUGGAGAGGUUCGUGCUCAACCUGUCCACCGCCCAGGUGGAGUACAGCGAGGACCAGCAGGCCAUGCUCAAGACACCCAACACGUUUGCUGUGUGCACGGAGCACCGUGGGAUCCUGCUCCAGGCCAGCAGUGACAAGGACGUGCAUGACUGGCUGUACGCCUUCAAUCCCCUCCUGGCCGGGACCAUACGGUCCAAGCUCUCCAGGAGGAGGUCUGCCCAGAUGAGGGUCUGA